AUGGCUCCUAAAACCACCGAAAUCGAAACUAUCCAAGAAGGCGAUGGUAAGGUCUUCCCAAACGUCGGCGACACCGUCACCAUCCACUACACCGGUACUUUGGAAAACGGUAAGAAGUUCGACUCUUCCCGUGACAGAGGUAAGCCUUUCCAGUGUACCAUUGGCGUUGGUCAGGUGAUCAAGGGCUGGGACAUUGGUAUUCCAAAGUUGUCUGUUGGUUCCCAGGCUAAGUUGACCAUCCCAGGCCACGAGGCCUACGGUCCAAGAGGUUUCCCAGGCCUCAUUCCUCCAGAUGCCACUUUGGUUUUCGACGUGGAGUUGUUGGGUGUUAACUAA